AUGUCACCACCUCUAUCUUCCCAGACGUCGUCCACGUCCCCGAGCCUCAAACGGAAACAGCCGACCAUCUCGAGCUUCUUUACAAAGAAACCUUCCAGAAGCGAGGAGCAAGCAUCCAGCGAGGCUGGGACUCGCCAGGAGGUGAAAUCGCUGGCGCCAAUUUCUGCCGGCAAGGAAAAUAUAGUGUCGGUGGCGAAGGACCAUUUGGAAGACGAGGAAGACGAGGAAGACGAGCCAGUUGUGCUCCGUCCGUCCAAGCGGGCCCGAACGAACGAUUUCCACCAUGAAGACGCAGAUACUGGUGCUACGACUGAGCGAUCUCCGCAUGCCCUGCCGCAGAGUGGUAGUCAGCGUACCGAGCGGUUCAAAUUUACAAGCUCUCGAGACCCGACGGAUGGCCUGGAAGGGGAGACCGAGCUAGAAAAAAGGAAACGGCAAAAGGAGAAGGAUAAACUGCAUGAGCGCUUUGUGAAGAGGCUCGGAGGGUCGGACUGCGCCAUCGGAAUUGGAAGACGACAGGUAGAGGCCGAGACGGUACCGGGGGUAGAGGAUGUUGGCGAGGGGGAGGAGGAUGAAGAAGCGCAGCCGCCACCGCCUGUGAAGGGGAAAGCCGCAAAGAAGGGCGGCAGCAAGCUGACGCCGCUGGAGAGCCAGGUUGUCGAAAUCAAACGCAAGCAUAUGGAUACCGUGUUGGUUGUGGAGGUCGGGUACAAGUUCCGCUUUUUCGGCGAAGAUGCGAGGAUAGCGGCCAAGGAGUUGAGCAUCGUCUGCAUCCCGGGAAAGUUCCGCUUUGACGAACACCCUUCAGAGGCCCAUUUAGAUCGAUUCGCAUAUGCCAGCAUUCCUGUUCACCGACUCCAUGUCCACGUUCGACGGCUUGUUGCUGCAGGCCAUAAGGUCGGCGUUGUUCGACAGCUUGAGACGGCUGCGUUGAAAGCUGCAGGCAGUAAUCGCAAUGCACCCUUUGUCCGAAAACUCACCAACCUAUACACCAAGGGGACUUAUAUUGAUGAUGUAGAUGGUCUAGAGGGAAACAUGGGUGCUGCCUCGGGAGGGGUGUCUCCGGCGACGGGCUACAUGUUGUGCAUAACGGAGACGAAUGCGAAAGGAUUUGGGAACGAUGAAAAAGUCCAUGUGGGUAUCAUCGCCGUCCAGCCAGCUACGGGAGACAUCAUCUACGACGACUUUGAAGAUGGGUUCAUGAGGAGCGAGAUUGAAACCCGCCUCCUACAUAUCGCGCCCUGUGAAUUUCUGAUUGUCGGGGAGCUAUCGAAAGCGACGGAGAAACUUGUGCAACAUCUUUCAGGCAGUAAGACCAAUGUCUUUGGCGACCAGGUGCGGGUCGAGAGGGCGAUGAAGCAGAAAACGGCCGCCGUCGAAGCACACAGUCACAUCUCAUCGUUCUACGCCGGCAAGAUGACGGCAACUAGAACCGAGGAAGAUGUGCAGGCGAGCAAUCUGCUUCAAAAGGUGCUCAGCCUGCCCGAACAGGUCACUAUCUGUCUUUCAGCCAUGAUCAAACACAUGACGGACUACGGCCUAGAGCAUGUCUUCGAUCUGACCAAGUAUUUCCAGUCCUUUUCUGCGCGAUCCCACAUGCUGCUGAACGGGAACACCCUGAUGAGCCUGGAGAUUUACCAAAACCAAACAGAUUACUCGGCCAAGGGGAGCCUCUUCUGGACACUGGACCGCACUCAAACCCGUUUUGGACAAAGGCUGCUACGCAAAUGGGUUGGACGCCCAUUGCUGGACAAAGCCAAGUUAGAGGAGCGGAUCGAUGCUGUGGAAGAGCUGAAAAGUCCAGAACGGUCUGCUCAGGUCGAGCGUAUCAAGGCGCUGCUCAGCAAAGUGAGGAGUGACCUGGAGAAGAGCUUGAUUCGCAUCUAUUAUGGAAAAUGCACGAGACCAGAGCUCCUUACCGUUCUUCAGACCUUGCAGAUGAUUGCCAUGGAAUUUUGCGACGUCAAGUCUCCUGCCGACGCUGGAUUUGCAUCUCCAGUACUUGGCGAGGCCCUCGCCACGCUGCCCACCAUCUUGCAAACCGUUGUCUCAUUUCUAGACAAGAUCAACAUGCACGCAGCGAAAAAGGAUGACAAGUACGAGUUCUUCCGCGAGUCCGAGGAGACCGACGCCAUCAGCGAAUACAAGCUCGGCAUCGCUGGUGUUGAGCACGAGCUGCGGGAGCAUCGCUCCACGGCCGCGGCGGUGAUCGGGAAAAAGGCGGUCGACUAUGCUACCGUGGCAGGGAUCGAGUACCUGAUAGAGGUCGAGAACAACUCGCCCUCUCUGAAGAAAGUGCCCGCAUCCUGGGUCAAGGUCAGCGGGACGAAGAAGCUAUCGCGCUUCCACACCCCCGAGGUCAUCCACAUGCUCCGGCAGCGGGACCAACACAAAGAGGCCCUUGCCGCGGCGUGUGACCAGGCAUUCAGCGCUCUCUUGGCGGAAAUUUCGGCGAACUAUCAGUCCAUCCGGGACUGUAUCCAAUCGCUGGCGACGCUUGACUGCCUGCUUUCGCUGGCCGCGAUCGCCAGCCAGCCAGGGUAUGUGAAGCCGGAAUAUACCGAAGAAACGUGUAUCUGCGUCGAAAAGGGCCGCCAUCCGAUGGUGGAGCAGCUGCUUCUUGACAGCUACGUGCCGAACGACAUCAAGCUUGAGAGCGAGCAGACGCGCGCGCUUCUUGUCACGGGGCCCAACAUGGGCGGCAAGUCGAGCUACGUGCGCCAGGUUGCUCUUAUUGCAAUCAUGGGCCAGAUCGGAUCCUAUGUGCCAGCCCAGUCGGCGAAGCUAGGCAUGUUGGACGCCGUUUUCACCCGGAUGGGCGCGUUCGACAACAUGCUUGCCGGCGAGUCGACGUUCAUGGUGGAGCUCUCCGAGGCAGCCGACAUCCUCAAGCAGGCCACGCCGCGGUCCCUGGUCAUUCUGGACGAGCUCGGCCGCGGCACGUCCACGCAUGACGGCGUCGCCAUCGCCCAGGCCGUCCUAGACCACAUGGUGCGGUCGAUCCGCAGCCUGACCCUCUUCAUCACCCACUACCAGCACCUCUCCCGUAUGGUGGAUUCCUUCCCGAACCAUGAGCUGCGGAACGUGCAUAUGCGUUUCACCGAGUCCGGCUCUGGGGAUGACGAGGAAAUUACCUUCCUCUACGAAGUCGGCGAAGGCGUCGCCCACCGCAGCUAUGGCCUGAACGUCGCACGACUGGCAACGUUGCCGGCCUCUGUGAUAGACGUGGCGAAGCAGAAGAGCGCCGAGUUGGAGGAGAAGAUUCGCCGGCGUCGAAUAGCAGGCAUUGUCGCGGCCGUGGGAACGAUGCUCGAUGAGCCCGGCAUCGGAGAUGACUCGUUGUUCGACCGGUUGAUCACCAAUGCAGAGCAGCUUUAG